AUCCAUAAUAUAUCCAUAUAUAUUAUACUAUUCAAAAACGGACAGAUUGGGCUCUCCAGUGUUGCUUUAUUUAGAAGGGUUUGACGGAUGUUCCCUUUUCUCAUUCUUACUAACUUGACACUGUUAAUGGGGCGCUUAGUGUUACGAAUAGCUACACUGAUGUAAAACUUCCCCUCUGGUGAUACUCAGCCUUCAGUCGGUCUAGCUAAGAAGUUUCUGAGUGGUCGCCGUGAGCAUGGCGGACCGGGAGGAGCGCCGCUUCGCCGAGGUUUCCCGGGACUCUGUCAAACUCAUGGCCGAGAGUGCAGGCGUGGAGCUCGGUGACGAUGUGGCCACUCUGCUGGCUGAGGACGUGUGUUACCGGCUCAGGGAGGCUACGCAGAGCAGCUCUCAGUUUAUGAGACAUGCCAAGAGGCGGAAGAUGACAGUGGAGGACUUCAACAGAGCACUGCGAUGGAGCAACGUGGAGGCCAUAUGUGGCUUUGGGGCCCAGGAUGCUCUUCCUUUCCGCUCUGCGAAAGAAGGAGAGCUUUUCUUCAUUGAGGAUCGGGACAUCAACCUGGUCGAGUUGGCUCUUGCCACCAACAUUCCCAAGGGCUGUGCUGAGACCCUGGUGCGAGUAAAUGUGUCUUACCUGGAUGGGAAAGGCAACUUGGAGCCUCAGGGGACAGUUCCCACAGCGGUGCAGUCUCUGUCGGAGGACCUGUUGAAGUACUACCAGCAGAUCACACGGGCCAUCCUGGGAGAGGACCCCCACCUCAUGAAGGUGGCUCUGCUGGACCUCCAGUCCAACUCCAAGAUUGCUGCCCUCCUGCCAUACUUUGUUUAUGUCAUCAGUGGGGUGAAGUCGGUAAGCCACGAUCUGGAGCAGCUCAACAGGCUCCUCCACAUGGUGAAGAGCCUGGUUCAGAACCCCUACCUGUACCUGGGCUCAUACGUGCGCAGCUUGGUCUCCAGUGUCAUGUACUGCAUCCUGGAGCCGCUGGCCGCCUCCAUCAACCCGCUCAACGACCACUGGACCCUCAGGGACUAUGCAGCGCUGCUCCUCAGCCACAUUUUCUGGACUCAUGGUGAUCUGGUGAGUGGUCUCUACCAUCAGAUUCUGCUGUCGCUCCAGAAGGUUCUGUCUGACCCGGUGAGACCACUCUGCUCCCACUAUGGAGCCGUGGUGGGGCUUCAUGCUCUCGGAUGGAAGGCUGUCGAGAGAGUGCUCUUUCCACACCUUCCUGCGUACUGGGCCAACCUCCAGGCUGUGUUGGAUGACUACUCUGUUUCCAAUGCCCAGGUCAAAGCAGAUGGACAUAAGGUCUAUGGAGCCAUCCUGGUGGCAGUGGAGCGUCUGCUGAAGAUGAAGGCUCUGUCUCUGUCUCAGCCAUCAGAGGGAGGCUCCAUCGGUCAGCCGGGCUCUGUGGUGGGUGCUAUGGGUUGCAGGGAGAGCUCCCCCGGCCUCAGCCCCCCUCCAGAGCCUGUAUCAGAGGCGGCCCUGGGCAUCGCCAGCCACCUUCAGGCGGGCGGGGCCGGCUGUCCCUGGGAGGAGUGGACCCCGGUCCCUCUCCCCGACAUGUACUGUGAGCUCUACUCCUUCUUCGGAGACAGCCUGGCUGUCAGGUUCAGUACGGGGCCGGGCUUUGACAGCUACCCGCCCUGCACCCUGUCACAGCUCGCUAAUGCCAAGAAGGAACCUCCAGGCCCUGCCUCCAACCCUGACACCACCCGAAAGAUGCCUCAGCUGACUGCCAACCUCAACAUCAGCCCCAGGCAGGAUGGGAGUCCCCGCACAGAUCCGCCCCCACCCAGCCUGGCAGCUACCGGAUCAGGAAGGUCCUUAGCUCGCUCCUCUUCCUCCUCCUCUUCCUCCGUGCAGCGCUCCAGAUCUUCUUCGGCGCGCUCAGGCCAGCGCUCAGCCGGUCUGUCUCGAGACGUUUUCCCCAAAGCCCGCUUCACCUUUCCUCCAACAGGAAUUCCGGUGUUCACCUUCCUCAUCGGUGGGCGGCAAAUGGGCCGCCGUUGCCAAGGCCGCCGGCCCUUCUAUACCACUUUUGCCCCGACUCCACCUCUUCCUGCCAUCCCACCACGUGCCUACGCCCACAAACUGCCCGUCAUCGGCAGGGUGGGCAAACCUGUACGCCGCUGGGCGUGUUCCCAUUACUCCCUUCAUCUGCCUCUCUAGAGGAGAGGGUCUCAGAGAUGAGCUGCAGACUGUACUACUACAAAGAAAGGUUCGACUGCUACUGACUUUAACACAGCCAUAUUCAUAUUUGAAGAUUAAAAGGAUUCAGUUUUUUUUAUCAACAUGGAAAACAACAUUUGGACAGCAGCACCGCUCCCCCAACAUAUCCCACCCAGACACAGACUGCAGCAAUUAUUUUACCAGGAUUUUUUUUUUACAAACAAAUGCUUCAGCGUGAUUGGAAAUAUGUUAAUAUAGUGUUAAUAUGAAGGGACGUCGGUGUAGACCACAACAAAUCAAACGCAGUACAUUGGGCUGGGAUGUACUGCAAAUCAAGACAAACACAAGCAAAUUGAGAGAAAGUUUCCCACUUUGACAUCACAGAAAAUAUGAAGAACUGCAAGUCACACACACAAACAGACGUUUCUGGGGGAGACAAGUGAUGAACAUGCUGGUACUUUGUUGGCCAAUAUCUCCAUUUAAGAAUAAAACUUUAUUAGCUUAUUCUCCAACGUCACUGAGAAAGUGGUCAACAUUAGUCAGUUUUUAGAGUCCCCCCAACAUUUAAGUUGUCUGCGACACAUUUGCUUGUGUUUUCUGUAUUCGCAGCAUAUUUUCUUGUCACGUAUGCGUUGACAAAUUGGUGUGUUUCUUAAAGAGCAUAAAAAAAAUAAAAAUAAAAAGGGCACUUUGUUUUCUGAAUGUGAUUUAUUAAUUAUUUUCUUAAACUUUGAACUAACUCUUCUGCGGCACCGUUGGGUGUUAUGAAGUCAUGAGUCAUGAAUCCCACACAAGAGAAAAGGAUGGAGUGACAGGCAGAGUGCUUAUUUCUCCCUGACGCACUAAUACUGAAUACCUGCCGAGGACAAUGUUGGAGCAAAUUGACAGCGUUUAAGCCUGCCGUGUAUUUAUACAUAGCCGUUGUUUUCACUGAAUAAAACAUUCUCUGUUGAAACCUU